GUCACAGCAAGUUCUGCCACCUCCUUCGGAUGGGAAGCAGCCAAGAGUUUAGGUGCUGUCGCUGGAAGGCGCUGCCUCCUGUCCCCUCAUGGCGCUUCUCUGCUAGAAAUAAGCUGGGCAGCUGGCCGUUCCUAGACUAGCUGCUGAUUACAGAGGAGAAAAUGAGCUCCUAGGAGAGGUCAGGGUUGUGCCUCCAGCUCUGUCCUCAGGGCUUAAGGUCCCUGCGACGCUUGGGGUGCUGGUGGCCGACAGGAUCGGGACCCCGAUUGGCAGCUGGCAUUAUGGCGAGCGAAGACAUCACCAGUGCCCAGGAUCUCUUGGACCUCAGCUUCAAGUCUCUGGCCUCGAAGCACAUGGACCUGAAGCAGUUGGAACUGGACACGGCGGUGGCCAAAGUGGACGAGCUCUCCAAGCAACUGGAGUCCCUCUGGACAGAGAACCCAGCCCAGCCUCUUGGGCAGCUUAAGGCUAUGGAGAGAUUCAGCACCAGCCCAUCCCACGAGUUGCUGGGCAGGAUGAGUCCCAUCGCCCCCUCCCCGCUGCCCCUCUUCCCCCGCAAGAGCCUGUCGACGGAAACCACGGAGAGCGCCCACUACUCCUUUGGCGAAGCGGCGCCGGGAUUCGCACACAGCUCCACCUACGGCUCGCCGUCCCCCAGCCAGCUCCUCGCACCCAGAUCCCCGCUGGGCCGCCCCACCUCUCCGCGGCCGUCCCUCUUCCUCCAGCCAGAGGUGGACCGGGCACUGCCGCCCCCCAGGCCCAAGGUGCUGCCUGUACCCUAUGAGACAGCGCCCAGCCCCACGGCCUCUCCCCGCUCCCUCCGGCCCAGCCUCUCCCUAGAGCGCCAGUAUGACUACAAGACCUAUGGCGGGACGCUGGGCCGAGCCAGCUCCCCACGGAUGCCCACGGAAGGAGCUGCGCCCCAGUCCUUCUUCCCGGACCGGGUGCCGUCGCCACGGCCGCCUCUGCCGCCACCGUAUGAGAGCCAUAGCCUUUACCCGUCGCCACCCAGCACUUUUGCACCUUUUCGGUCUCAAGAUGACCUUGUGAUCCGGAGGAGGGUGCAGAAAGGGUGGAACGAAUCCGACCUGGACGUGGCGUAUGAGAAGAAGGCGACCCACCCAGUUGGUUAUGAGCGAGGAGACGCCCACAUGGGGCUCCGCCAGAGCCCGGCAGGCGUCCCGCUGUCUCCUUGGAGGGAAUCGAGUUUAGACGGGGGCAUUGGGCCAAGCAAGGAGGAGCAUUAUGGGAUGCACAGCGCCACCUUGCCCAGGAAUUACAAGGUCUCCCCGCUCGCCAGCGAGCGCCGCCCGGACACCUCCUUCCGCCGCUCCCUCCCCAGCAACCCGACGGGAACCCUGCCCCGCAACUGGCAGCCCAUCUCCCGCAUCCCCAUGCCGCCCCCCAACCCGCAGGGCAGCCUCCCCAAGCGCCACAAACCCCUGCCGCUCUCCAUGAUCUUCCGGCUGCAGAACGCCUUCUGGGAGUACGGGGCAGCUGGGCAGAAGUUCCCCCUUCCCCAGGGGCCCCCGGGCUCCUCGCUUUUCCUCCGCUCCCUCCACAAGCAGCUGAUGCAACCCACUCUGCCCCAGAGCCAGCACCACCUGCGCAUGGCCUCGCUCGGGAGCGAAGGGAACGGCGUCGCCAAAGCGGCCAGCCCCCCGUCCGAGCCCAUCCGCAUCGUCCCCAUCGUCUUGACCACGGGCGACACGGAGGCCGAGUUGGAGAACCUCCUUCCGGGAGGGGAGCCGGCCGAAGCGGAAGAGGUCCCCCGGCCUCUGAGCCCCACCCGCCUCCAGCCCCUGCUCCCCCCCGAGGCCCAGAAAGUGCCCGAGUUCGAGGAGGUGGCGCGGGUCCUGGCCGAGAUGCCCCGGCCCCUGAAGCGCCGCGGCUCCAUGGAGCAGUGCCCCGGCCCCGCCCUGCCCCCCACCCACAAGAACCAGUACCGCCAGAUCAUCAGCCGCCUCUUCCACCACAAUCCCCGCAAGGAGGACGCUGGCAUGGCCGGAGAAGCGUCCCCGCAGACGGAGCUCUCGCCCAUCACCGAGGCCAUGGAACAGAAGGCGCCUGCGGCUGUCGUGGCCCCCAUUCCAGCAGCCCCCCUGCCACCAAUGCCGGCACCCCCCAUCCCGCCUCCGCCACUGCCGGAGAGCCCAGUGAGCUUCAGUCCUUUGCCCAGUCCGGAGAAGCGCUCAGUGCUGCGCAAGGCGGCCUCCCCACGAAAGCGGCUGUCAAAGAGGGCGCGACUCAACCCCCUGGUGCUGCUGCUGGAUGCGGCCCUGACCGGCGAGUUGGAAGUCGUGAAGGAAGCCAUGAAGGAGCUGAACGACCCAAGCCAGCCCAACGACGAGGGCAUCACUGCUCUCCACAAUGCCAUCUGCGGUGCCAACUACAACAUCGUGGACUACCUGAUCAACAUUGGGGCCAAUGUCAACUCCCCGGACAGCCAUGGAUGGACACCCCUGCACUGCGCCGCCUCCUGCAACGACACGGCCAUCUGCGUAGCCCUGGUCAAGCACGGAGCGGCCAUUUUCGCCACCACUUUCAGCGACGGCAGCAUGGCCAUUGAGAAGUGCGACCCAUACCGUGAGGGCUACAGCGACUGCUUCAGCUACCUGGCAGAUGUUGAGCAGAACAUGGGCCUGAUGAACAACGGGGUGGUCUACGCCUUGUGGGAUUAUAGCGCCGAGUUCAGCGACGAGCUGUCUUUCCGUGAGGGCGAGCCCAUCACUGUCUUGCGCCACGACAACCCCGACGAAACGGACUGGUGGUGGGCAUCUCUCUAUGGUCAGGAGGGCUACGUGCCCAAGAACUACUUUGGGCUCUUCCCCAGGGUGAGGCCACAGCAGAGGAAGGCGUGACGUUUCGGAGGGAGGAACCCCGUCGCUGCCAUCCCAGGAGGAACCUGAGGAAUGUGCCUGGACAGGAUCCCGAAGAACAGCUUCGUAGUGUGGAUGAAUCGCCUCGCCUGCCUCAGGAGGGCGGCUGUCUGGCAUCCUCAGAUGCGCUAUAAUGGUGGAGGGAAGGGAGAGACAUGAGAAGAUGGCAAAUGCUUGGCUCUCUCGCUCUGUGUGUGUGUGUGUGUGUGUGUGUGUGUGUGUGUGUGUGGAAAAGCAUGCCUAAAGGAGAGCGUCUGGCCUGAUCUUUUUUUUUUUUACUAUCUGCCUUCCUCUCCUCCUGCUUCCAUUAAGGACCUGCCAUGACGCUAAGAAGGGUGAUAGUAUUUCAUAGCUGUCAACCUUCCCUUUUUUUGUGGGAAAUUCCCUUAUUCCAGCACCGUUUCCCGCUGCUUCCCGCUGCUAUCCCGGAUUGUUAGAUAUCCCGUAGACUGUCCCUGGGACAGGUGAGGCUGCUGAUCCCUUAUUUUCGAGGCUGCUGAUCCCUUAUUUUCAAAUCUGAAAGUUGACAGCUAUGGUAUUUUUAUUUUUUUUGUUUUGCAUAGAAUUGUAGUGUUGUAAGGGAGUCCCUGGGACGCGGGUGGCGCUGUGGGUUAAACCACAGAGCCUAGGACUUGCCGAUCAGAAGGUCGGCGGUUCGAAUCCCCGCGACGGGGUGAGCUCCCGUUGCCCAGUCCCUGCUCCUGCCCACCUAGCAGUUCGAAAGCACAUCUAAGUGCAAGUAGAUAAAUAGGUACCGCUCCGGCAGGAAGGUAAACGGCGUUUCCAUGCGCUGCUCUGGUUCACCGGAAGCGGCUUAGUCCUGCUGGCCACAUGACCCGGAAGCUGUACGCAGGCUCCCUCGGCCAGUAAAGCGAGAUGAGCGCCACAACCCCAGAGUCAACCACGACUGGACCUAAUGGUCAGGGGUCCCUUUACCUUUAAGGGAGUCCCUGAGAGGCAUCUAGCUCAACCCCCUCAGCUGAGGAAUCCCUGGCGGAUGGGAAUCCCAAUCUCCAAGGAAGGAAAGCCCCUACCACUUGGGAUUCAAGCUCCAGCGGCCGGAAGGUUUUUGCCCCUUUCAUCCAAACGAAAAUUCAGAUGCUAGGGUGACUAAUUGAUUUGCCCAAGGGGUACGUAGCGCACCUCUGGUGGGAUCCUUCCCAUAAAUCCACGCCUCCAGCCUUGCCUCUCAAAGAGAUUGCCCCCCUCCUCCCUCCCAGCUCCUACCCUGAGCACAUUCAGAGGUGCCGGACCCGCUCUCCAUACCCCUGGCUUCCUUGCCUCUCUGGACAAGUCCACCACCAGCUGACCUCUCCGCCCCCAGCUCCGGCCACGUCGCCAACGGCUUCCUUUGGGCCUCGGCGUGAGAACUUGAGCAACGACAACUGCUUCCCCCUCUCAUUUCUGCGAUCGCUGCUCAGCUGCGGUUCUCCCUUCACGAAUCUCCAGCUCCCUGCCCCAGCGUCGAAACUGGAGACGUGAGAGAAGAGGACCUCGCUUCCCCUGGACUCGCAGUUUCAAUGGGUUUCCUUGAGGAGAGCUCCCUCUCUGCCCAGGAGGAGGGCUCCGCAGGACGGGACCGUGGCCUGGGCAAAAUCCACUGCUUCCUGCUCUUUUGACUUUUGCAGAAAUGGGAGCCACGAGGAAGCUUGUGCCUUGGCGAGUUUGCCUCCUCAAGAGGGUGUUGCCUUCUACACAGCUCCAUCUAGCCCCAUAUGGCCUGCACUGACUGGCAGCUGGCUCUCUGGCAGAGAGACGCCUUCCCUGCUGCUAGCUCCCUGAUCUUCCUAGCUGGAAAGGCCCCGGUUUGAACCCAAGACUUAAUUCAUGUCAAGCAUGGUCUCUGCUCCAGAGCUGGGCUGCCUCCCUUCAGACUGUAGAGGAAACCCUGGCUCAAUUGCAGAAGUUCUGUUUUGCUCCGCCUUUUCCCACUCCUAAAGCCUUCCCAUCACACCUGACACUCACCCUCCUUGGGCAAGGUGCCCCAGGUCCUCCCUACCUUAUUUUGUGGGCUGUUAUUCUGCUAAGGAGGGACGUGGGUGGCGCUGUGGUCUAAACCACUGAGCCUUGGGCUUGCCGAUCGGAAGGUUGGCGGUUCAAAUCCCCGUGACGGGCUGAGCUCCCGUUGCUCUGUCCCAGCUCCUGCCAACCUAGCAGUUCGAAAGCACGUCAAAGUGCAAGUAGAUAAAUAGAUACAGCUCCAGCGGGAAGGUAAAUGGUGUUUCCGUGCACUGCUCUGGUUCGCCAGAAGCAGCUUAGUCCUGCUGGCCACAUGACCCGGAAGCUGUACACCGGAUCCCUCGGCC